AUAGAAGAACUCAAAAAUCUUAACUGUUACACAUUUUGGGAAAAAGUGAGCAAGAGCAAGCUCUAUGUUAACAUCUUUAUUGCGCAGUAUUUCUCUGGAUCAGGGCGCCCCAUCCGAGCUAGAAGGGAACGCUGCUAAGGCUCUGGGGUUGGGCGCCACAGGGCGGCUGAGAAUGGGCAAGCCCUCAUCAGAUGAGCCUGCAGGCCGAGAGAGCGUUUGAGCCUGGCCUCCCAGGGCCGGAGGAACCUCAGAAAAGCCGGGAUGGGUGGGUGGUGUGGUUGGAAGCGGUCUCUUCACAACCCGGAGGAGGUACUUGUGUAGUUUGGGGGCGGAGCUAAGGGCCGCGGCAGGGUUCGGAAGGGAUUGGGAGGGGCCAGGAGCAGAGGGCAGUGUCAGGUUGAGAGAAUGGAUGGGGCGGGGCUAGGAACAGGGCUAGGGGCGGGGCCAAAGUGGGGGUGGGGUUAAGAGCUAGGGGUAGGUCUGGAGAGGAGCUGGGGAUGGGUCUGAGGGCUGGGCCUGAGCGGCCGAGCUAAGGUUAAGGCCUGAGAUAAAGGUGAGGCACUAAGGUUAAAGUGGGACAAAGAGGGAAGAACUUGGAAGGACCUGGGGUGCCUUGGAAGAAGAGCUCGGCUGAAGCUUAGACUUAGGCUGAGAAGACAACACAACCUAGAACGGGGGUAGGGGAAGGUAGGUGGAGAGGUUGGGCAAGCAUGAGGCUUUGUUGAGGGCUGGACGGGAGCGAGCUGAGAUUGGGGUUUACGGUUGGCUCGGCCAAGCUCAGGUUCAGGGUUGGACUUCUGUGAGGAAGAGUCUUGUGGAGAGGAAAAACUGGGCUGAGAGCUAUGUGGGUCAGGACGAGAAUGACGAUUGAAAGGUGGACUAAGGAAAAGACUGAGGACAAUGCCAACAUCUGGGAUGAGAGCAGCAGUGAUGUGAACAGGUUACCCAGCUGGGAAAGAGGACAUCUGCUGGCUGCUGUGGCGUCUAGCACUGACGCAUCUACCUUCUCCUCUGAAGGUGAAUUCAAGGACAUUGACAGGUGCUGCUGGAAACACAAGCAGUGCACAGGGCAUCUCAUCCACCCCUUCACCUCCGACUAUGGUCACUACAAACUGCACCUGCACUCCAUCAGCCACUGCGGCUGUGACUGCAGGGUGAAGGACUACUCAGAGAAGACAAAUAGCAGCAGCUCCCGAGACGUAGGCCCAACCUGUUCCCGAGAUGUGGGCUCAACCUGUCUCAACAUCAUCCAGACCCCUUGCUUCGCAAAGCUCAUCCCAGAGGAAGAGUGCGUGGAGCGGUUCUGGUACGGCUGGUGCAAGAGCUACAGGCCUGUCUCUGUGGCAGUGAUCCACCAUCCCAUCCACCACGAGUGUGGUGCAGAUGACCUAAAUGAAGAAGAGGAAGAGGAGGAAGAAAGCAAGCCUCCCAUCCCGAUCCAGGUGGGGCCCACCACCACCGCACCCACCGACACAGGCAGAGGAAUGGGCACAAUCACGGGUACCCCGGACUCGGCGGCUCCCAUCACCAUCUGGCGCUCUGAGAGUCCCACGGGGAAGUCCCAGGGCAGCAAAAUUAUCAAGAAGGUCAAGAAGAAAAAUGAAAAAGAGAAAAGCGAAGAGGAGACAGACGAGAAGGCAAAGCUGAAGAAAAAAGUCAAGAAAGGCAAGCUGACUAAAAAGAAAAGCCCAGUUAAGUCGGAACCUUCGCCUCCAGACUUGAGCAGAUCAGCAAGCCCAAGGGAACUGGCCAGGAUGUCAGAGUCCAGCCCGGACAGCAGGGAGGACCUGGAGAGUGAGGACAGUUACACUGACCAAAGGCGGGAGGAGCCCUUCAGCGAUGAUGUUGUGGAGUCAUCACCCAGAAAGAGAGAGAAGAACACAGUCCAGGCCAAGAAAGUUGGAGCAAAGGCCUCUCCAGUCAAGGUCAACAAGAGGAAAUCUCCCCCAGCAUCAAACCUCGGUUGAGGCCAGGGCGACCGGGGUGAAGAAUAAAUACGAUCAAGCCUGUAGCUGACCCCCUGCUGCCGUUCUCUCUCCCUCCAACUUGGCUACUUCUGUGGGUAGAGGGUGGGCUCUGGGCAUAGCUGGAACCAAGGGGCUAGAGGGCUGCAGGGGUUUUUAAAGGGCAACCCAUCUUUCAAGAGGAAGCCCAUGUGAAGGUAGGUCGAGGGCAGGGGAAGGGACUGUAACAGCCUCUAACAUCCCGGGCCCAGGGCAGGAGAGCACAGCUGGGUGGGGUGGGAAGGAGGCCUCCGUCCACUGGGAGACUGGUCUCUGUUACAUCCACUCAGGGACAGGCAGGACUGUCUGUAGGGAUACCCCUAAUAAACUGAACCUUUUAACCCA